AUGAACUCUUGCCAGGUCGCUGUGCUGAGCGCCGCGCAGCGUUCCCGGAGGGGCUGGCUCAGGUGCUCCGAUCACCUGCUGCUUGCGGGAACAGGAAAGCAGCAACUGAAGAUCGAGGGGGACUUUUGGUUUGCUCAGAUGACAAGAGACAAUUUUGGUCCCCCAAAAGCCAAGGAAACAAAGCUGUCAGGCUUUAAUGGUAGCUUGUCUCCCUCCUGCAGCAUGUUUAUGGGCAAACAAGCUGCAGAUCAGACCAGGCAAACAGCAGUGCCCAUUCCCUCCAAGGCGAACGGCGCCAUUUCCACGCUGGCAAUGAACAAGGACGGGCUCAUCGGAGGGGUGACGAACCCCAACGAGGUCUUCUGCUCCGUGCCGGGCCGCCUGUCGCUCCUCAGCUCCACCUCCAAGUACAAGGUGACGGUCGGGGAGGUGCAGAGGCGUCUGUCUCCCCCCGAGUGUCUCAACGCCUCCCUGCUCGGCGGGGUCCUCCGCAGAGCAAAGUCAAAAAAUGGGGGCCGAUGUUUAAGGGAAAGGUUAGAGAAAAUCGGACUAAAUCUACCUGCAGGAAGGCGCAAAGCUGCAAACGUCACCUUGCUGACAUCCCUGGUGGAAGGUGAAGCCGUCCACCUGGCCCGGGAUUUCGGCUACGUGUGCGAAACGGAGUUCCCCGCCAAGGCGGCGGCCGAGUACCUGUGCCGGCAGCACUCCGAGCCCGGCGAGCUGCACGCCAGGAAGAACAUGCUGCUGGCCACCAAGCAAAUUUGUAAAGAGUUUGCGGAUUUGAUAGCCCAGGACCGCUCGCCUCUUGGAAACAGCCGCCCCUCACUCAUCCUGGAGCCUGGCGUGCAGAGCUGUUUGACUCAUUUCAGCUUGAUAACCCACGGCUUUGGGGGCCCAGCGAUCUGUGCAGCGCUCACGGCCUUCCAGAACUACCUGGUGGAGUCCCUAAAGGGGCUGGAUAAAAUGUUCAUGAACAGCACGGGGAACGGGCACCCCGCCGGGGACUCCAAAGCCUCAGACAAGGACGUGAAGCAUCGGAAAUAG